AUGGAGCCCCAGCUGCCAUCUACUAUACAAGAGGCAGAAGCCUUAGUCUCGGCUCUCUACGAACCGUCGUCCCCCGAAACCAUUGCGCGCAUCCAAGAGACGCUACAUCGCAUGCAAAGAUCCCCUUCCGGCUGGUGGAUCGCCCGUGAUCUCUUAGGCUCCGCCGAUGACAAGGUCAAGUUCUUCGGUGCCCUCACCCUGAUUGUCAAGCUGAACACUGAAAGCUCCUCACUGUCAAAGGGCGAUGCUUCGGAGUUGUUACAAAACCUCAUAGGCUGGUUUGUAAGGUCACUGGACGACGGUUCUGGUGCCAUGGUCGUUAGGAAGCUAUCCUCGGCUUUGGUAACCUUUUCCCUAUGCUUUCCCACCCAGUGGGAGCUUUGCAUCCGCCACCUCUGUUUCUCCUUGUCUGAGGGUGUAGCGUUGUCUCAAGACAGAGUUGAUGAAACCAUUGAUUUAUCAAGCGUCCUCCAAACACUCCAGCCUCGAAGCCUUCAGGCCGCACUAUGGUUUUCGGGAGCACUGAUAGAUGAAGCAACGAAAGUGGAAAUGAACUCGGCAAAACACAUGGGUUUGUAUGAGAAUCUCAUGCGCAAUGUUCCAGACGCCAUGGUUCUCAUGUCUCACGGAUUUUCAUGCCGAGAAUCUCCAGGUCCAAUGAGCCACAGCUUACAGAAAGGCACCAUAACUUGUUUACAGUCAUGGGUUUGGUUUUCUCAGAGGGUGUCAGCACACAAUGACGAGCUAGUCCAUUCUCUUCGGGCACUGGUACAGCCUACGAUCACAGCUUUGAGCGACGACGAACUGUACGAAGUGGCCGUGGAGUUGCUCUCCGAGAUACUUUCAAACUACUCGGGCUUCUUGACAGAUGAUCAUUAUGAGUCUCUCUUUUCUCUUUUCGAGACCCAGUGGUCUCAUGAGCGAUACCAACGUCUUGUCCAAGGGGACUUUGACUUUGAUUCCGUCCAAUUCGGGCAGCUUAUGAUCGCUCUUGGCGAUUCCAAGGUUGAGAAUCUCAUCCACGGCGUGGAUGCCCGCUCGUCGCGUUUUAUCGCACAUCUUCGUGGGCUCCUUUCGGCCCAAGGAUAUCCUGUCAGCGAGGACAAGAUCUUCGUUCCUGCCCUCGAGUUCUGGUCCACCUAUGUUGAGACAUUGACAGACUGCAUUUACUCAGAGGAAGAGGGCUCAAAGGCAUGGGUCUCUACGGCUACCUCCCACGUCCUGGAAGCUAUAUCGACCGUUUGGCAACGAAUUGCAUACCCAGCUGCCAAUGUUCUUGCUGAUUGGGACUCGACUGACCGCGCCGGUUUUGGCGAUGCAAGGAAGGAUGUUGCUGACCUUCUUCAAUCGACCUUCACCGUGACUGGACCUCCCUUGAUCUCAACUUUCGCCAACCUGACUCUUCAGUCGUUGUCACCAAGUGCCUGGUCUAAUCUCGAGGCUGCAGCGUUCUGUCUGGGGUCUCUAGCCGACUGCGUAACUGGAGAUGCCAGAUGCGACGAAAGCCUCAGAGCUGUUUUCUCCUCGCCCCUGUUCGACCUUCUUCAGACAUCGGGCGAUUCCAUGCCAGGUCGCACCCGCCAGACCUGCAUAUUCCUGAUUGAAAGAUACUCUGAUUACUUUGAGCGCGAGACCCAAAGCCUUCCAGCUGCCCUGAACUUGCUCUUCUCUGUCCUCGCUGAUCCCUUACUGGCUGGGCCGGCCGCAAAAUCCAUCUUACAGCUUUGUUCGUCGUUACGUUCCAUCCUGGCAUCUGAGGCUAGCGCAUUCCUUAGUCAAUAUCAAGGCAUUGCUGCGCAAAGCCAGCUGGAUUGUAUGGCUGUUGAGCGGAUUAUGGGAGCCAUAGCCGCUGUCAUCCAAGCCAUCCCAGACGAGGGUACCAGAUUCGAUCAUCUUGACUUCUUACUCUCGUUCGUCCAGAAGGAUGCUCGCCUAUCGAUGCAUCUACUGUCCUUACCUAGACCUCAGAGUGACGCAUCAGGCAGCGGAACGGACAUUCAUCGCUGCUCGACGCUGGGCGACCCGUCGGAACUUCCCCUUCACAUGGCCUUGAAGGCUUUGAGAUGCCUCAUAGGCAUUAGUAAAGGUCUGCAGGCUCCGGGUGACGUGCCUUUCGAUCUGGAUAGUGAGAAGGAUAUGCCAACGACCGACGGCAGCUCCAGACUCGGUCAAUUGCAGUCUGGGAUUAUGUCAAUGAUAGUACAGCUUCAGAGAGCGUUUCCACAAAGCGACGAAGUUUCCGAGAGCAUUUGCACCAUUUUUCGAUCGGGGUUCUCAGAGUCGGACGCUGGUCCUUUCGUUUUCCCUCCAAGGCUGGUAUGCGACUACCUCACUGAGCAGACACCUCAGACACCUCGAAUCGGCUACUUUGUGAACACUGCUUGUUCAUUUCUCAGCUCAUUGAGGAAUAUGAAGAGUGGCGACGUGGACGAAGUAAGAACGAAACUUCUCCGAUGGGUCAUUACUCUACUACAGCAACAACCAGAGCCAGACAACGAUGUAGAAUUGGCGCAGAACGGCAUCGAGUUUACGAACCGCUUGGUCUCGCGAGAGCCUGGUUCACUUUUCCGUCCGGAUUGCCUUCCGCUUACCGAGUUCUUCUUCAUCUAUGCCUUGCGGAUACUAGAAGGGCGCGAACCACUGCCUAAAGCUGCAGCCGCGGAUUUCUGGGCCACAUUCAUGACUCUGAAGCCCACAGAUGCGACGAUAGAUCACGCAAUAGCUCAGUUAGGCCCGUUGCUAGCUCAAUCUAUUAUUCGUAACAUCGGCGGAACUGCCUCAAGGAGCGAACUCGACAGGCUAAGUGAGCCCCUGAAGAAGAUGGUCAGCAACCAAGCCAAAGCUCGUACUUGGCUUGAGCAAGCCUUGUCGGACCCAUCAUUCCCAAGCCGGCAGCUAGCUGGCGAUGAAAAGGCGGUGUUUCUCAAGAAGAUUAUGAAGUGGGUUUGA